AUGAUAGUCCAGUUUUUUAUUUUAUUCUUAUUUAUUCAAUCAUUUUAUAAAGUGUUAGGAAAAGUGGAUGAUGUAACAUACUGUUAUAUUGGUGAUGAUUCAGAUAUUAUAAAUAAAUGUUCUUCAAAUUGGUGUUAUACUUUAAGAAAUUCAACAAACACUAAAGAAAUUCUUGAUAAAGGUUGUGAUGAUGCAAAUGUUUUUUGUGAAUAUAUUGGAAAUAAUUGUUUUUCUAAUUUAAAAAAUUUUUUUAACUAUUCAACUAUUUCACCGGUAAUAAAUGAUAAAGAAAUUUGUUGCUGUAAUUGGACAUAUUGCAAUUCAACAUCAACAAAAUAUUAUAUUAAACAUUCAUUCACAAAAGUUUUAUUCAUUUUGAUUUUAUUAAUCUUCUUAUUAACAAACCUAAUUCUAUAA